ACAGCAGAAUGGAAAAAUUUGAAUAAGCGUAGCUGUAGCGUUAUUUAGAUAAAUUGACUAGGCAGUGUGCAACUGCAGAGUCUGAAUGUCUCAGGGAUUACUUUGCGUGCGAGUCAGCGGAGGCUGCUUGCAGAGGAAGGGGCUGUGAGGUGUUCAAGAUGGCGGCGCCCUGUGGAGUGCAGCGACUCUGACAGUGGUGCCUGGAGACUGUAUUGGCCGGAGGCUCAGGGAGCCCUCCAGGCAGGGCAGCAGGACACUGUGAGAGACACGACUGGGACACCCCCCCCCCCCCCCCCCCCCCCCCCCUCCUACCUCCCCCUCCACCACUGUCACCAUGGCGAGAGAGCAGCCCAACGUAGGGGACCUCCUCCCUCUCCUGGAGUCCUCUGACAUCCACCAACUGGAGGAGAUUAAAGGCCUUAUCAAUGAGAAUCUCAGCACUGAGCGAGGGGCCAUGCUGCUGAAUGGACUGGUGGACUACUUCCUGGAGACUAAUUCGGCCCAGGCCAUUCAUAUUCUCUCCUCUGUCAGAGAGCCACAUGAUAAGCACCUACUGGACAAGAUGAACGAGUGUAUGACCAAACAGGCCUGCCGGCUGCCUACCCUCACCCUGCUAGGCCACGUGGUCCGCAAGCAGCCUUCCUGGAUCCACAAGAUCGCCCGCUACCCGCUGCUUCUCUCACUGCUUAAAUGCCUCAAGACGGAUUUAGACGUGGUGGUCCUCAUAACUGGAGUCCUGGUGUUGAUCACUCUGCUCCCCAUGAUCCCCCAGGCUGGCAAACAACACCUGUAUGAGUUCUUUGACAUCUUUGGUCGCCUGGCUUCCUGGAACCUGAAGAACCCAGGGCACAUCUCCGAGGUGUACCUCAUCCACCUACACGCCAGUAUCUACUCGCUUUUCCACCGUCUCUACGGCAUGUACCCCUGCAACUUUGUGUCCUACCUGCGCUCCCACUACAACAUGAAGGAGAACAUGGACACCUUUGAGGAAGUGGUGAAGCCAAUGCUGGAACAUGUCCGUAUACAUCCAGAACUAGUGACUGGAACUAAAGACCAUGAGCUUGAUCCCACCAGGUGGAAGAAGUUUGAGAUUCAUGACAUCGUUAUAGAGUGUGCCAAAGUGUCUCUGGACCCCAAGGAGGCGUCGUGUGAGGAGGGCUAUGCGACCAUGCCCGGGAACUUCUACCCCCACCCGGAGCUUCGCCCACAAGAGUCCGUCUCCAGCCCCUACACAGACUUCCUCAACAGCUAUGGAAGCUCCUCUUCAACCCCUUUCUCUACCCCCCACCAGCCACUGGCACCUCCCCUGUCCCUGGCCCCUCUCCCAGGGACACAGUCCUUGUAUCGCAGCCCCCAGACGUCCAGAAGUCAGAACUCUAGCUGUGAACUCGACUCCACCUGUGGGGUAAAGGAACUUUGGAGUCCCUCCUCCCUGUGUGGCAUGGCCACUCCCCCUUCCUCUAGGGGCAUGUCACCCAACCAAGAGCUCUCCCAUAGUGCCUCUCACCUCCCAGGCCACCGCCUCCACAGCACAUCAGCAGGUGGCAAAGGCACGCCUGCCUCCAGCACUCCUGUCACCUCCUCCCCACCCCACACCCCCUCUGAUUUCCCUAUCAUCCCCCUGCUCUCCAACACCACCAGUCCACCACAGAAGGAUGGUCACCCUGUAGAAGCAGCCAAACACAGCCUGGUGAGGCAGGAACCAAUCAGAGAUCCUGAAAAAGAUCCUGAAAAAGGGGGAGAAGUCAUCAACAGAGAUGUAGGUGGUGGUGGUGAGAUCGUUUCCAUGACGCUGUCAGUCUUUAUGAAGGAGCAUGAGCUUCAGCAGAGGACAGAGAGGGAAGAGACUGCCAUCUCAGAGGAGCUCCUGAAAAUCACGGAGGACAAGCGGGACUUGGCCGGCCUGAGGGGCUUUGAUUCCCUGUUCUACCGCACCACCGAGACCCUGACAGGUACCCAGGAGAAGCCCCUGCUCAACCCCCCACUGGGCGGCCCCGUGCCGCCCCGGGACCCCCACAAUGCUGUGUCGACCUCAGACAAUGCACUGGAGAAUACCCAGGGGGCUAUUGGUGGAGAUGGGGACAGUAGUAGGGGCUCGGCCCUGGACCAGUCCUGGUCUAUUGAACCUGUGUGUCCUUUCAGCCCCAUCCAACACCAUCUCCACCAGAGCCUCUCUGCCCUGGAGGAUGAGGUGGCCAAGUUCGGUGGCCUUUUCUCGCCAAGCCGCCCAAUGAAGAACCCCUCCCUGCCCUAUGAGGCCCUGUUUGACCUGGCUCUGCCCCGGGCUGCAUCCCUCUUCGUUGGGAGGAGGACGUCGGAAGCCCGGGGCAGAGCUGCCCUGGAGAGGCUGUGCCAGCGGCAGGAGAGACUGGAGGACCGGGAGGAGGAGGGCGAGGGGAUGGUGUCUGCUUCCCCCCUGGAGGUGCUAGAUCACCUUGUUCAGCAGGGCAGCGACACCCACGACAAGGUGCUCAAGAGAUUACCUUUGCCAAGCAAGUCAGCUGACUGGACACAUUUUGGAGGCUCUGCUCCGCUGGACGAGCUGCACACGUUGCGUAGCCAGCUGCUCCUGCUGCACAGCCAGCUGCUGUACGAGCGCUACAAGAGGGAGCAGCACGCCGUCCGCAACCGACGUCUACUGCGCCGCGUCAUCAACGCCACUGCACUGGAAGAGCAGAACAAUGCUAUGAAGGACCAGCUGGACCUGCAGAGUGUGGACGUGGUGACUCUGAAGGAGAGUCUGCAGGUGGAGCAGCAGCGCUGCAGACAGCUGUGGGAUGACAGAGAGACUGUGGUCACCAGACUACACAGCCAGGUCCGCCAGCUACAGCAGGGCCGGGACGACUACUACACCAAGAACCAGGAACUGCAGAGUCAGUUGAAUGAGUAUCAGAAGAAGAUGACUGACCUGGAGGCAGACCUACAGAGAGCCAACAACAAGGUGUGUCACACAGGGCACCUUCUCAACCAGAUGACCAUCAAGCUGAGCACCAGUGAGAGCACCCAGCAGCAGAUGAGUUUCUUGAACAAGCAGCUGCUGCUCCUGGGGGAGGCCCACAAGCUGGAUGUACUGCAGCAGCAGCAUACGGGCUCAGACAACACCAAGGAGGCCCAGAUGGUGCAGGCGUCCUGGGGGAAGGAGGUUGAGAGGCUGAGGCAGAGCCUGCUGCAGCAGGGCCAGAAGCUGGAGGCAGCGCAGCAGAGGGUGGGUGAGCUGGAGACUCAGCUCACCAAGAAGGAACACCUCAUCGUGGAGCAGAAGAAGUUCCUGGAGGAUGUCAAGGGCCAGGCCAAGGGUGAGCUGCAGGCGUCAGAGAGCAGGUACCAGGCCCAGAGGAGAGCGACGCAGCUCCUGCAAACGGAGCUGCUGCACCUCUAUAGCAGGCUAGAGAUGGAGGGUCAUGCCUGCCUUACCACAGCCUCAGCAGCAGGGGGCAGCAGUACCGAUCCUGGCCCUCCUAUAGACUCUAGUAUCAUGGAACCAGAUGGACCUGUCACAUUGGGGACCAAUGAGUGGUCUGAUGACAGCAGACCAUCUCAGUCCCCACGGGGCAACGGCAGCACUUUAUUGCCAGGGCAACCAAAGGCGAACAACCAACCCAAAGCGUCCCCUGUCAACUCCGCCAGCAGCAUCCAGGACAUCCCCCCGCCUCUCCUUGUGGAGCCCUCUUUUUUCUGUCCCCAUGCUCCCCUGGCCACCCCGCUGCCCCCUGACGCCGCCCCCCUCACCGUUGGCUCCUACCCCAGCGCCAACAGCUUCCUGGGCAUGAGGGCGCGGGAGCUGUUCCGGAACAAGAGCGAAAGCCAGUGUGACGAGGAGCCCCCCCACCUGGCCGGCCUUUCACAGGGCCUGAAGACUGAGCUGUGUGUGGAGCCCUUAUUUCCCCCACUGGGGAAUGCUCUGACAUGUCCUGUCUCUGUCCCUACCCUUGCCCCUGUCCCUGCCCCUGCCCCUACCCUUGCCACUGUCCCUGCCUCUAUAGUAGGGGCCCCUCUCACUGUGCCUGCCAAGGAGCACCCGCCUGAAACCAGGCAAAGGGCUAUCAAGCAGGAGAGUCCUAGGAGGAAAAUGGGAGGAGCAAGGGGAGGGGAAGCGGAAGCGGCAGCGGCCAGCGCAGCACAACCCAAACAGCAAUUUAGGAUUAUGGACUACAACGAAACACAACAAGAGCACAAUUAAAGAGACACCAAACUGAGAGAGAAGAGGUUGUCUGGAGCAAGAGCUACAAGCAGUAGAACCAUAAGAGUUGAAGACAAAGCUCUGUUAAAUUCAGUGUUAUCCCAUUCCCUCAAGUGGACAACAGGAUUUGAACCACUGAUUGAUUUAAUCCCAGAUUUAAAGAUGGGAAUGAAGGUUUAAAUAAGGUCAUUUAACAAUCUACCAGCAGAGACCACAUUAUAUAUCUGGUCUGAUUGCAGUUAUACUUAGACAUUUAUAUACUUAGACAUUUGGGAGUUAUAUUUUCAGGAAACAAUUUCAUAUAAAUAGAGACCCUAUUUCCAAAUUUGUUGUUUGAAGUUAUAAGAAUAUGCCAUAUUGGGUCCAAAACAAGUUAGACAAGUAUAAAACACUAAAAGUAUGAGAGGGCCUUUUCAUUAGUCUUGUAGGGUGUGAGAAAGGGAUGGUUAUGAAAGCCUGGUUUUGGUUGGCUAUUGUCUUGAGCACCUGUACUGAUGUUGUAUGAGGGAGGUGGGUUGGGGUGGUGUGAUCCUCAAGGCUUGGGGAGUAGCUGUGCCAAGUAUGAGAUGUUGUCAAUGAUUCCAACUCCUCUGCUAUGCUUGGGGAGGAACCUGGGAGUUUGACUGUUUUCAUUGUAGAUAAAAUAUAGGAGGAGGAUUGCUUUUUUCCAUGCUGGUUUCAUUAUGUUCCUGACAGAAAUGACCUUUAGUAUGCGUUGAAGAGGGAGAGUGUGUAUGCAUGCAUGCAAGUGUAUGUUUAAGUCAUGUUUCAAUCAUUUAGAAAUGCUUUUUUAUGAGUAGUGACAAAUAUGAUACUUAAAGUACUUGUAACUUUCUGCAACUAAUGUUGCUCAUGAUAACCACUUAUCUUGACUUUAAAUCACACGUGUUAUGUUAGUUCUGACAAAUCAUUUGCAUUACAUCAACCUGUGUGAAGCAGUAUUUUCUGUUCGAGUUCACUAACCGAAAGUGAACAGAAAGACAGUGCCAAACAUUUACCAGAUAUUGAAUACAACCAUUUCAAAAUGACUCAUUGACCUCACCAAGUGCUCCUAUUCUAGUUCGGUGUCUGGGUGUCUCUCAAAAGGGCUGAUUGCUGUAUAAAAGGUUUGCAUGUGUCCUCUUGUCAUAGCUACAGUGAGUCUGAAAAGAAAACAAAAAACAAGUCUCUGCCAAUUGAUUCUUAUUGGUCCUACUGACCUAUGACAGUCAGAAUUGCCUCUUUCUUUUGGGUUCUUCCAUGUGUUUAAAUGGUCAUAAAUCCUGUUGUCCACUGUGAACUUCAGCUGUUAUUCCCUCUGCCUUGCUAUCUAAAGCAUGUUCAACAAUCCACUUUAAUGCCAACAGUAUAGUAGUAGGAACUACAACAAACCCAAGAUAGAAGGUACAAUCAAGCGUGGACUGAAUGGAAAGCUUGAACUGGGAUUCCUUUUGGAGCUGGAGAUUUUGAAAAAAGGCAAAAAAAACAAAGUUCUUAAGCAGUUGCUUGUGUUUAACUGUGAACAAUAAAAAUCCUCUUCAAUGUUUUGCACUACA